AUGUCAACUACCGUUUGUAACGAAUCGUUACCUCUGUCCAUCGCAUGUAUUGUCAAUGACUAUACGAAAACACGUGGCCGCAUUGAACUUAUAAUAAACCUGAAGACUUUAUAUUGGGCUCUUGACGUGGUGAAAGGUAUUGGAGCAUAUUCUGAUUCGGAAACCCCCAAUAUAGGUUGGAUUACAAAUAUUUUUGACGGAGAAGACGAUGACGACUAUGGUACUACUUACUCCAAAGAAAGAUAUUUCAGCUCUGAACGUAAGAAGGAAGUUUUGAUGACAGAAGAAAUUAUCUUAUCUUUAAGAAAGAGAGAUGAUAAAAACGCGAAGACUACCAGAGAAGCCAAAAUUCAGAAGAAAAGGUUUGAUGAGAUCUUGCAGUGUCUAAGAACCAGAAACGAUAGGGGAGAAAAUGAAGACAAGAAAGAUGAGAAAGAAAUCGCUUGCAUUAUAUUAGAAGAAUUGAAGGAUUACAAAGCCGAGCUUAUCAACACUCAAUUCGAGGUGCUAGAUGACAGAAUUGUGUGUCUUGUGGAUAAUUACACUGAAGUAGAUGGAACAAUAGAAUUCACAAUAAAUCUGAGAGUUUUAGACUGGGCUAGUGCUGUUGCUAGUGGGACUACUUUUCCAGAUAGACCCACAAGCUAUUGGGUAAUGAGAUCGACCAUCGAAAAUCGUGAACCUUAUUUCGGGCUCGAAAGUGCUCCAAAAUACCAUCUGGGGCAAAACCUGUCUUUGAGAGAAGUCAAAAAGUUUCUCGCUAAUGGAAAUCAUCCACCUCCGUACCUGAAUAAGAAGGAUUCAUAAGGAGGAUAUUCUGUUUCACAGUUCAGUGCUACUGCUCUCUCAGUUUGAUCAAAUAGUGAUCUAUACACUAUCAGAUGUCGUACAUGUCGGAAAAGGAUACACACCCCUUAUCUCGAUUUGGAAGCUCACCAGUCUGUACAAAUAUUUUGCUGUAAGGUAAAUCAAGUCAUUUAAGUCAUAAUACAAAUAUAAUAAAAGUGUCUAUAAGCAUAUUGUGGAAUCAGAAUAUUGCAGAACAUAUAUUUCAUAAAAGAACCACGGUACGUUAUCACGAAGAUGGUGCACAAAUUCGACCCUUGGGUUAAGUAACUCAAAUCGAAACGCCAAGUUCAUUUAUCCAGGUAUAGUGUUGACAGACAUACCUGUAGAAGUAGAUACUGUCAUCCUUGACAUGGUCGUACUCAUCAGUGACGAAACCAGUGUCCGCCAAAUUUUGGAGGUAAUCCAUUCUCCCAUGGAGGACAGUCACAAUGGGGGUUUCUAUGAUUAGAAUGGGUCAAUUAUAAAGUAUUAAUUAAGUAAUUUCUGCCAAAUCUAGAAAUAGAAUAAGUCUGACACAACACUCUAUUUUUUCACACGGUAAAACAACGGUAAAAAUCUCAUGAAAUCACCAGUACAUUCGUAGUCCCCAUCUGUUUCCACCAUGUUAACUUCUGACCCAUACACCGCCUCCACUCUGUCCUCCCAAAAGGUCGUGUCCGCCCAUCCCACCGUCAUCAACCCC